GAAGAGGCCAGUCGAGAUGUAUGGAUGGUCCAGUUACCUGGUGGGAUACGUGACUUUCCUCCUCUCCUCCUGUGAAACAAGUGGAGGUAAACAUGAUUCAUGUGUCUUUCCCUUCACCUACAAGGGUUCUACUUACUUCUCUUGCACCAGAGCCAACAGCUUCUCCCCUUGGUGUGCAACCAGGACUGUUUAUGAUGGAAAGUGGAAAUACUGCAUGGUUGAAGAUUACCCACGAUGCAUCUUCCCCUUUAUCUAUCGAGGAAGAUCCUAUCAAAAGUGCAUCACAGAAGGCAGCAUCUUUGGAAGGCUGUGGUGCUCAGUCACCUCCAGCUUUGAUGAGAAGCAGCAGUGGAAGUACUGUGAGACAAAUGACUACGGGGGAAAUUCUUUCAGCAAGCCCUGCAUCUUCCCUUCCAUCUACAGAAAUAAUGUGAUCUCUGAGUGCAUUGAGGACGAAAGCAACAAGCUCUGGUGCCCAACCACGGAGAAUAUGGAUAAUGACAGAAAGUGGAGUCUCUGUGCCGACACCAGAGUUUCCUCACUGGUUCCUGGCUUUCCCUGCCACUUCCCAUUCAACUAUAAAAACAAGAAUUAUUUUAACUGCACCAGAAAAGGAUCAGAGGAGAACCUUUUGUGGUGUGCAACCUCUUACAACUAUGACCAGGACCACACCUGGGUGUACUGUUGA